GAAACACUAGAGGAAGAAGAAGUUGGCGCCUGGAAUAGCUAAGUAGCUAACCUUUGUGGACUGGUUACUAGUAGUAACAUUAACUGUUGUAAGACUGCACAUACGGAGCUUGCCUGCAAUUGCUUUCCUCGUGUAAUUGGUUAGAUAUUGUUUUUGAAAACUUUAAUAGCGAAGCAUUGGUUUUCACCUUUGUUCUAAUAUUCGGGACUACAGUCAGGUAGUUAACACUAUUAGCUAACUACAGCUUCCAUAAGUGCGCUCUAUAAGAGCUAGCAAGGUACCAACCAAGCAAGAUGGACAUGGAGAAAAGAAUCAACUUAGAACUUCGGAACAGGAAGCCGGCAGAGAUGAAAGAACUCGUUCUGGAUAACUGCCGCUCUGACGAUGGCAAGAUUAUGGGCCUGUCGUCUGAAUUUCAGAACUUGGAAUUCCUCAGUAUGAUCAAUGUCAACCUGGUCUCACUUGAUAAGCUGCCAAAACUCCCCAAGCUCAGAAAGCUCGAGCUAAGUGACAAUCGCAUCUCAGGGGGGCUAGAGGCCCUUGCUGAGCGGACACCAGCCCUCACGCACCUUAAUCUCAGUGGGAACAAGAUCAAAGACCUCAGCACACUAGAUCCCCUGAAGAAGCUGGCUGCGCUGAGCAGCGUGGACCUGUUUAACUGCGAGGUGACCAUGCUGCUGGACUACAGGGACAGCGUGCUGGAGCUCCUGCCUCAGAUCACCUACCUGGACGGCUUCGACGCCGACGACCAGGAGGCCCUGGACUCAGACCCCGACCUCCUGGACGAUGAGCUGGACGAGGACGAAGACGGGCUGAGUGAGGAUGAGGAGAGCGAGGAAGGAGAACUGGAUGUGGAAGAGGAGGAUGAUGAUGACGACGAUGACGAGGAUGAUGAUGACGUUGAAGCUGGGGAUGAUGAUGAUGAUGAGGAGGAAGACAGUGAUGAAGAGCAAGAGACAAGUCGGGGGGAGAAGAGGAAAAGGGAGGGUGAUGGAGAGGAGGAAGAUGAGGAUGAUGAUGAUGAUGAUGACGACGACGAUGGUGAUGACGAUGACGAUGAAUAGAGCUUCUCCACUCCGACAAGGGUUUCUCCGGGCUAGUUUUCAUUAAAUACACUGUGGUGCAGCUGCUUGAGGGAGCAUGGGGAUUAGGGUGAUCCUGAGUAGAUUUGGGAAGUGUGGCUGCUAAUAUUCUCUUCCACCAACCAAAGCCAAACCUCACAUUUGGGUUCUCAGCAGUCAAAUUUUCUUGUACUGUACAUAUCUUAUAUUUGGAAACUUGAACUUUUUCAGAGUUUGUAACUUUGCCUUUCGGUCACUUCCGUUGUGCUUUCCUUGAACACAACAAAGAUACUUUGGCUUUGUGAGAUGCAGUAUUAUCUGGCUAAGAUUGGGGUUAGUGAUGUCUCAUCAGUGAACAUACUGGGCAACAGAGAUCCCCCCCUCAGGUGCAUCCAGACAUGCACAAUGCAGUCUGCACUGUGGAAAUGUAAAUAAUACACUGUAUAGAUUUGACAUGCUUGCAUUUUUUAAUGCCAUUCUGCAGUGGUUUUAGCCAACUAGUUGAUUUUUUUUUUUUAAACUGUGUGCCAUAUUAAAAGAAUGAUCCGUUUUGUGGAA